UGAAAUUGGAGAAGAGAGAAAGAAGAAAAAAAAUCAGAAACCAAACUCACUAAGCAAAGUCGGAUCUUGUGUCUUGUCUCUUCGUUAAGAACUGGUAUAGAAGAUGGGAUUAUUCUCCCACAAGAUCACCAGAGAUGAUCUGAAACCAGGCGAUCACAUCUAUUCUUGGCGUAACGCUUAUAUCUACUCUCAUCACGGAAUCUACGUAGGCGAUGAGAAAGUAAUCCAUUUCACCCGUGGGGGUGGUCUUGAAUUCGGAACCGGUACAGUUUUGGACAAGAUCAUCGAUAUUUCGAUACCGAAUCAUGGAAGAAGAGACAACAAGUGUCUCGAUUGUGGAGACCAAUCGAAUCUCGGCGGUGUGAUCUCUUCUUGUCUUGAUUGUUUCCUCGCGGGAGGUAAUCUCUAUCUCUUCGAAUACAGUGCCUCUCCGUCCAUCUUUCUAGCCAAACGAGGUGGUACUUGUACGAUAGCAUCUUCAGAUCCUUGCGAUGAAGUCAUUUCCCGUGCAAAGUUUCUCCAUUUGCGAAAUGGGUUUGGUGAGUAUGAUCUUUUAGACAACAACUGCGAAGAUUUUGCCAUCUAUUGCAAAACUGGUUUGUUUGUGUUAUCCAUGGCCACCAAGUUUGGAAGCAGUGGUCAGGCCAACUCUGUGUCUGCAGCAGGUGGUGUUGUUUCUUUGACACUCAAGGUCUUAGGGGUUAAAAAGAAGACUAGUGGCCACGAGGAAGAUUCUGUGGUUUCUGUUGUGAACCAGGUUAUUUCUUCUACGGUUAAAUAUGUGGUUCCUGGUGUUGGUGGUUUGGCCUUGGCGGAAUAUGGCCAUUACUGUUUUGGCCGGCUGUUUUACGACAUUGGUGUUAGAAAAGAUGCUUGCAAGGUUUCUGUGGAAGAGCUCGUUGCAUUUGUUGGAGCCAAGCAAGGCCUUUUGGAGAGAAAGACAAGUAUCUCUAGUUAGCACGCUUUGCUGUGCAUUAUGUAUGUGAGAGAGAGUGAUUUUGCUUUCUGUGCUUUGUGGAAACUGUAUUUUAACUAUUUUGUAAAAUAGAUGUUUCACUUUCAACCAAAACCUGUAUUUGAAGAAAGAAGAACUUGGAUUCAAACUAUAUAACCAUUACAAAACUUCA